GGAGUGAUCCUCCCGGUCCCCCGCGUCCCUCGUCAAUACGAUUACCCGAUCACAGCGACUCUAUGCGGCUAUUCGGAAUUGCUUCACUAAGCGACCCACCCCCACCACCAGAGUUUCAAAACCUGUAUCUAAGACCGUGAUAGUGACUAACUGGUGCGUGUCAUAGUUGUCAAAUUUUAAGUGGAUCUUUUUCUUAACGGAUUCAUUGUUAAAUGAUUGUGUGAUGAUUGUGUGAUGAUUGGGAAUGCAAGUAAUUGAACAUGAUUGCGUGGAAAGAAGAUGACAUACAUAAUCGAAGACGAGACUGUUCCGCUUCUUAAGAUUCCUGGGUCGUCGCAAAACGAGUCAAGUGUUAAUGAUAUACAGGAUUCAAAAAGAGGGAAAAUAUUUGUGAUUGAAUCUGUUACAUGUAAUUCUAUAAUGGAACGGCAGAACUCUGAAUCGAAAAUAAAAACCACUGCUAUAUUGUCUGAUAAGUCAAAGGCAUGGAUCGAUGGAAUGAUACCCCAUAUUCCACAGCUGAAUGAGUUAGAUCAACUAGGUAAACAUAACGGGAUUACAAUUCACCAGGAAGAUCAUGAUUCAUAUGUGAACCGUUCUAACAAUACCUUGAAGUUGAUGGAACGAGAGAAAAUGAAAAUUGCUGUGCUCUGUAAAAGUAUAGCCAAGCCAGAUCUUACGUUUGAAGAAUUCAAGCUUCUAGGGUGCAGCAGCGAGGGUUUUGUUAUUGAUGAUAUACGAAGGGUUCUGUGGCCAAGACUCCUGGGAUUGUCGGACGAAGAACCUGUCCCUGUGGAGGGAUUAGAAACAGUGCAUACCCUAUUGCCUGAUGAAAUAUACCAGCAGAUUUUGAAAGAUGUAGCACGUAGUAGUGGUCACCUAUCUUCGAGGGCAACUGAGGAGGAAAUUGAAAUAUUUCAUGAAGAGUUGACACAGUUAAUAUGUUGGGUCCUUCACCGGCAUACAUAUUUGAAUUACUACCAGGGAUAUAACGACAUAGCAGCAACAGUCCUAAUAGUAAUGGGCUUGCAAAGUGGUCUCUUCGUACUAGAAAGAAUAUCUCUCAAGUUUUUAGAACGAUUCAUGGAAAAGACAAUGGAAAAAGUCAACCAGGAACUUUUCUACAUAUUUGCACUAUUAGAACGUAUCCAUCCAACCCUUUUGGAACACCUUGAAAAUGUAGAAUUAUUUCCUCACUUUGCAUUGGCCGAAUAUACCACAUGGUACGCACACAAGUAUGCCGAGAACAGAAAACUUUUACACAGACUGUUUGAUUAUUUCCUUGGUAGUCCUCCUCUAAUGCCACUCUACCUCAGCACUGUAAUCGUAGCGUACAGGGCAACGGAAAUUUUCGAUACUACACCCGAUAUGGGACACACUCACAAAGUACUUUGUACACUUCCUGAAGAUUUGCCAUUUGAACAGCUGCUGGUCGAUGCUACAAACCUCUAUCGGCAGUAUCCGCCAGAGUCAAUAAGUAACGACGUUCGAGAUUAUGACAAUAAAAGGAGAUGUAAAGAACAAGAAUGGAAAUCAAAAGCAGAAGCCAGUCGCAAAGAAAGAGAAAGACAAAGGCAACUACGUGUUGCAAUUCCUGCAAAUAGAUUACCUUAUCGUAUAAGGAGUUACAAAACCAUCACCGUAGUGACCAUCUUAGCUAUAGGACUGUACGCCUUCUUGAAAACGUCCUCUGGUAUUAACUGACACUAACUGAGCUUACCUUAAUUGGAAAUAGAAUUUUUUACGUCCCUUUUUCUAAUACCAUUUCACCGCCGUCUCUACGAUUCGCAGUUUUCAUUCGUGGGAUACAUUAUUUACAGAUUUAUGUCUCGAAAUAUUGUGUCAGAGAAUUUAUAGAGACGAAAGUCGUACGUCCCUUUUUACAUACUGCGUACGAUUUUUUUUUUAUUAUAAGCUUGGUGGUGCUUGAGCAAAAGCGUUUUGUGUGGAUUAUUUUAAUGAAAAGUUUCAAGCAUUCCUAUGCUGCCUUUAUGCUGUGUUCUUACGAAUGAUCCUAAUUCCCAAAUUCACAUGAUAAUGGCAAGCGUAACUAGAAAUGAGAGAUCACAAGUAAAACUGUGAUUACAAGUUUUAGUCGUGCGAUUUCAAAAUGGAACGCGUGCCAAAGAGGACUCUGUGCUGAUGUUGAAGAUAAUGAAUCCUAUACACGCGUAUAACUUAUUGUUAGAUCCUAAGGGGGCGCCUACUGACUUUGAGUGAAAAUGUUGUGCAUAUUUAUUUAAAACGGUAAUUUGAAAAUGUAUAUCUAUAGUAUAGUAGAGGAAUAUAUAUAUGAUAUUAAUAUAAAACUUAA